AUGAAAGAUGACGGGGCACUAAUAUUCCUAUCUUUAUUAUGUGCAACCGUUCGUAAUACCGCUUAUCCUUCAUCAAAACUUCAUGCUUUGGACAUGUUACUUGCAAUUGGUCAGCAUUUGGAAGAUGAAUUUAAAUUGGAUCGUUUAGUUCCUUAUUUAAUAGCAUUAUUAGAUGAUGAAGUUGGUUUGGUUAGAGCAAGUACUGUGAAAACUUUGGCAAACCUGCUCUCAUUGGUAGAAACUAUAACUCCAUUUAAUGCUACCAUCUUUCCUGAGUAUAUAAUGCCUAAAUUACGCAAAUUUGCUACUGACCCAGAAAUCCUUGUAAGAAUGACUUAUGCUCAAUGUAUUACUACAUUUGCCGAGACAGCUUUACGAUUCCUUGAAUUGGCUCAAGCGUCACAUGAUUCGACCCUACAUGAACUUCAAUCAAUUAUACAAGAACAAGUAACGACACUUUUGAUCGAUAGUGAAAGUGCAGUAAAACGUGCUUUACUUUCAAAUAUUACUAGUCUUUGUAUUUUCUUUGGACGACAAAAAGCAAAUGAUGUAUUGUUAAGUCAUAUGAUAACUUAUUUGAAUGAUCGAGAUUGGAUGUUAAGGAG